GGGGGAGCGGGAGCUAUGUAAUUUGGGGCUGUCAAGGCAAGAGCCGGCAAACCCCGAGCCUGAGAGAGCUGGGGUCAGACCGGCCUCCAGUCCCGCCGGCCUGUGCCAGGGCACGGGCAUAAAGUCACCACUGAGGCGGGUGCGCUCAGGCCCCAGCGCCAGCGCCAUGCCCAUGAUACUAGGUUACUGGGACAUCCGCGGGCUGGCCCAUGCCAUCCGCCUGCUCCUGGAAUACACAGACUCAAGCUACGAGGAGAAGAGAUACACCAUGGGAGACGCUCCUGAUUAUGACAGAAGCCAGUGGCUGAGUGAGAAAUUUAAGCUGGGCCUGGACUUUCCCAAUCUGCCUUAUUUAAUUGACGGGACGCACAAGAUCACCCAGAGCAACGCCAUCCUGCGCUACAUCGCCCGCAAACACAACCUGUGUGGGGAGACAGAAGAGGAGAGGAUUCGAGUGGACAUUCUGGAGAACCAGGCUAUGGAUGUCUCGAAUCAGCUGGCUAGAGUCUGCUACAGCCCAGAUUUUGAGAAACUGAGGACGGAGUACUUGGAGCAGCUCCCUGGAAUGAUGACCCUCUUCUCACAGUUCCUGGGGAAGCAGCCAUGGUUUGUUGGUGAAAAGCUGACCUUUGUGGAUUUCCUCGCUUAUGUUGUCCUUGACCUACACCGCAUAUUUGAACCCAAGAGCCUGGACGCGUUCCCAAACCUGAAGGAUUUCAUGGCUCGCUUUGAGGGCCUGAAGAAGAUCUCUGUCUACAUGAAGACCAGCCGCUUCCUCCCCAAACCUCUGUAUACAAAAGUGGCCUCAUGGGGCAACAAAUGAAGCCUUGGAAAGGCAAAGAGCCUGUUCUGAUGUUUCCUGAGGCCCUGGGGAUCAUGGCCAUCGGCGGUGGUUUGAUUCAGGUGUCCCCCAUAAACUUAGGUGUUCUGAAUUAGCGCUAGGUUCCCGGCUGAGGGAGAUUUGGGAACUAAUGCCUCCUGGAGGCAGUGUAUUAUUGGGGGCGGGCUUAUGG